AUGAAAACUGGGAGCUUCAUAGCCAACAAGAUCCGCUCCGGUAUAUCUAUCCGCAACCAAUGGGUACGAGAGGCCAUGGCGGAACUUCUAUCCACAUUCGUGAUGAUGAUGUUUGGUUUGGGAUCUGUCGCGCAGGUGGUUCUGGGUAAGAAGGAAUUUGGACAAUAUCUGAGCAUUAAUUUAUCUUUCGGAAUUGGAGUCACCAUGGGAAUCCACGUGGCCGGGGGAGUGUCCGGAGCCCACAUGAACUGUGCCGUGUCACUAACCAACUGCGUCCUGGGAAAACUUUCCUGGAAAAAACUCCCAAUUUACAUGAUUUCUCAAAUCGCUGGAGCGUUCCUGGCGGCUGUGAUCGUAUACUUUUUAUACUAUGAGGCUCUGUAUAAUUACAGCAAAGGAAACUUCACUACCACAGGUCCUUUGGAAACAGCCAGUAUAUUUGCCACCUAUCCGCAGCCCUACCUGUCUAUAGGGGGUGGCUUUCUAGAUCAGGUGAUCGGCACAGGGGCCCUGCUGCUAUGUAUCCUGGCUAUAAAUGAUAAGAAAAACAAUGGCGCUCUCGAUGGGACACAAGCUGUGGUUGUCGGCCUCCUGGUUACAGUUAUUGGGAUGUCAAUGGGGAUGAAUUCAGGAUAUGCUAUCAACCCUGCCAGGGAUUUGGGGCCACGUCUCUUCACUGCAGCUGCUGGAUGGGGAGUGGAAGUAUUCAGGGCCGGGAAUUACUGGUGCUGGGUGCCCAUCGUGGCCCCUAUGGUGGGUGGCCUGACGGGCGCCUUCCUGUACAAGCUGCUAGUGGGGCUACAUCACCAGCCGAAGGCGGAGGAGAAGAUGAUAUGUGAGAUGGAGAAGGGGAAUGCUGAGAUGGUGACCUAUGACAAUAUGUGAUCGCUGUAAAUCGAGGACAUUAAUACCGCAAUACAGGACUGUGACACCCUGCCGCACAGUGUACAUACAAUGUAUAUACUGUAUAAUCAACUCUGGAUCUCUCAUAUAACAGCAUUUCUCUAGGGCAGU